CCUAGACGACAGACCUUCUUUAACUCACCAACGGAAGAAACGCUGAAGAAGUUAAGACUUCUAACUGAAGAUCAUGUCUCUGAUGCUACUGCUGGUGUUGGUGUGCCAAACCAUGGCGUCACUUCGACUCUCAGCAUCAGACCCCUGUGUUCUAGAACUAGAGGAGUUGAGACGUGAUGUCCGUAUUCUGGAGAACAAACUGUUGAUCGGAGUGUGGCAGCUCAACCAUGUCAAGACACACAGCUACAUCAUCACCCCCCCACUACCCAGUAACUCUACCUUCAACCUAACAGAGGAAUACAGGACAGGAGCCUCUCUGCCUCCAGCAGGAAGCCUCAUCGUACAUGACAAAGACUGCUCUGAGCUGUAUGACAGACAGAGGCCAGACUCCGGGUUUUACCGGAUCAGACCUAGGGUGGAUCAGGAGCCGGUCCUAGUCUUCUGUGACAUGGAAGAUGGAGGGGGAUGGACUGUUAUACAGCGACGAAGACAUGGCAGGGUUGACUUCAACAGAGACUGGGUGGACUACAGAGACGGGUUUGGAGACUUUAAGCUGUGGAACGAUGAAUUCUGGCUGGGGAAUGAACACAUCCAUUCUCUGGUGAAGGAAGGUGAGAACCUGGUGAAGAUAGAUCUGAUGGACUGGAGUGGAGCCAAGACUCAUACCUACUACCAGAACUUCAGGAUCACAGAUGAGAAGGAUAGCUAUCGUCUAUGGUACGGUUUGCAUAGCGGUCGUGGAGGAGAUGCUUUAUCAGGAGGAGGGGGGAUGGUGGAGCAGUGGUCUUCCUCUCUCAGUGGGAUGCAGUUCAGCACCAGAGACCAGGACCAUGACCGCUACCUACAGGGCAGCUGUGCCCAGGAGAACAGAGGAGGCUGGUGGUACAACAGGUGUCAUGCAGCCAACCUGAAUGGGAAGUUCUACCGCGGCGGAGUCUACAAGGGUCCCUAUGACAACGGUGUGGUGUGGGGCACCUGGAGAGGCCUGUGGUACUCCCUCCGACACACCACCAUCAAAAUACGGCCCCUGCUCUCCCUGGACAGCCUGGCAGGCAGUGGAGCAGGGCCAGAUGGGUAG